AUGCCUGCGCUGCCGACGACUUGCCUCCUAGGCCGCCCACCGCCGGCCAUGCUCCGCGUCGCGCUCCGGCGCCCGUGCGCCCCGCGGUCCCCGGUCACCCCGCGGCGCUUCCAGUCCAGCGCCCCGCCCAAGCGCAGCGGCGACACCGCGGCCCCCUCCUCCUCUUCCCCUGCGACGGCCCAGGCGGCGCCGAUACCCGGGGCCUGGUGGCAGCGCCUCGGGCCGCUGACGCGCGCGGGCGAGGCGUACGCCCGCGCCCAGCGCGCCCGCCCCUGGGCCACCCAGAUCCUCAGCUCCGUCGCCGUCUACGCCGUCGCCGACGUCAGCGCCCAGGCCAUCAGCGGCAAGGACUACGCGCCCGAGCGCACGGCGCGCAACAUGGCGAUCGGGACGGUGGCGGCGCUGCCAAUGUACUGGUGGUUCCUCUGGCUGUCGCGGCACUUCAACUACGGGUCGCACGCGGUGUCGCUGGGGGUCAAGAUCGUGGUGAACCAGCUGGUGUUCACGCCGACGUUCAACAGCUACUUCUUCGCGGCGCAGGCGCUGCUGGCGGGCGAGGGCGUCGCCGCCGCGUGGGCGCGCGUGCGCGGCGCCGUCCCCGUCAGCUGGCUCAACGCCUGGAAGUUCUGGCCCGCCGUCACCGCCCUCAGCUUCACCUUCGUGCCCCCCGAGUUCCGCGCCGUCGUCAGCGGCGUCGCCGCCAUCGGCUGGCAGACCUACCUCAGCUACCUCAACCGCCUCGCCGAGAUCGCCGCCGCCGCCCGCCGCCCCGACGCCCCCGACGCCCGCCCCGACCCUGCCCUGCUGCGCCUCGGCGCCGCCUAG